AUGUCUACGAAGAAAAUAGGUUGGUGCUGCUGGCAACACCCCUACGACAGCCUGUCAGUCGCAGGCACAAUGGUGAAGCCUACAGACUACCAAUAUGAAGAAUUUGUGGACCGUCCGAAAAUGCGACCCAUCAUGGAGCGUGCAGUUUGGCUGAGUGUGGAUCUGCCCGGACAGGGUGACGGUGAGGAAGAGCUGCCUCCAUCCAUUGACCACGUGGUGCUGUUUGGCGAGGGUGCGGGAGCAAACAUUUUGGCUCGUUUUGCGAUGUUGCACGAUGAAAUGGUGAUGGGUGCUGUGCUCAUCCACUGCACAGGUCAGACUGCUAGCUUCGCAGACUCCCUUCGAGACAAGGCAAGCUUUUACCUUCUUAUUCUUUUAGGGGCUUUUGAGGGAGGGCUUGUUAAUUGGAAGCUGAAAACCAUCGGAAUGAACCCUGCCACAGAAAGUUUCCUGAUCCUCCACCGAUUUGGAUACGUGAGUCAGCUUGUUGAUUUAUUGUCGUCAGAAGAUGAGUGGGAAGUGACGCUUCCCUACCUAUUAAUGCUGACUGCCAAAAUUAGUGUGGCGACCAUAGUUGAGAAAAUUGAAGUCAUGCAGUUAAGUGCAUCCAACAUUCUAUUCACUGCUCAGCUUAUUCGUUUGCUGGUCGUGGUUGUUAUGGCUAUUCUGUGGUCUGCCACAGCAAGUUCUCCCAUGAACUCACCACAGCAGACUGCUGGCAUUGUGGACAGGUGUCAAAGGCACAAUUUGAUCCAUGUUUCUUUGGCUGAGUAUAAUGUAAAAUGCCUGAAAGACACUGGCACAGAGCUGGAGCUGAAGCAAGCCAUCGAACACUUCAGAGGGAAUUUGCAGCACUCCAUCAAUCCGAGAAACCUCAAUCGCUACAUCACUGCCUACAUGCAACGGAAACCCCUGAGUGAACGACUUUCUGAUCUAAAAUGCUCGGUUCUACUAAUCACAGGAGCCCUGGCCCCACAACGCAGGGGAUGUGAGAAGCUCUACGAAGCACUGAUGAAGGUGCACAGCGCAAAGUCCUGUGCAACACGCGAACUGGUUGUCGUGGAGAAUGUGGCCAAUGUGCUGGCAGAGAAGCCGGAUAAGGUGAUCGAGAGUAUGCAGUACUUCCUGCAAGGCAUCGGUUUGGGUGAGUCUUUGAUGUCUCUGUCCUUCAUGCCACCACCACCACCUAUGGUUAAUGUUUCUAUGCAGGUAUGGAUAACUUCAGUGAUUGUUGUCAUUUCAGUGAGCCACAUAAAAAUGCAGACAACACCACUGAAUCUGAACAGAAGGAUGUCCAUGGAGGACUACGACAAACCCAUGGGCCGCAUUCAGCUGGCCGGUGGUUUCCGUCCCAAUCUGGCAGCGCCAAAUGAUGUAGCGGAAGAGAGUAGCAACUAA